AAUCCAAAACGCAUUCUCCGGUUUCUCUUCCUUCUCUCCGAGCCCACUUUCAUACUUCUCCGAUAAAUAUUGCCGCGCAACCAUCUCCGAUUCCCGGUUACUUGAGUUUGGGGUGUUUUUGGACCUUUCAAGCUCCGCGUGUCUUCUCUUCUGCUUUGCGGUUGACUUGGUUUUUGGAUAGCUCAGCCAGAAAAGAUUCUUUUAGGAAGUGUUCCUCUGUAUGAUUAGGUGGAAAUAAUUCUCACUUGUCAUUAAUGGCAUUAAGAUCAUGUGCCAAUUUCUUAGACUUGGCCUAUGGAGACCUAUUGGAUGUUCCUCAUACUCCCAGAAUGCUUCCACGGGUCAUGACUACUCCAGGAAUCAUCUCUGACUUGGAUGGUUAUGGCAGUAAUGAUGGGAAUUCUGAUGUUUUUUGUGAGAGGAAAAUUGUAGUGGCAAAUAUGCUACCUUUGCAUGCCAAAAGAGAUACAGAAAUUAAUAAAUGGUGUUUCAGUUUGGAUGAGGAUUCAAUUCUGUUACAGUUGAAGGAUGGUUUCUCUCCUGAAACAGAGGUACUUUAUGUGGGUUCUCUUAAGGUCGAAAUAGAUGCUAAUGAACAAGAAGAGGUUGCACAAAAACUACUGGAGGACUUCAAUUGUGUGCCUACUUUUCUACCCCAUGACCUGCAGAAGAAGUUUUAUCUUGGGUUCUGUAAACAGCAACUUUGGCCUCUUUUCCAUUAUAUGUUACCUAUGUGCCCAGACCAUGGUGAUCGUUUUGAUCGCUUGCUUUGGCAGGCCUAUGUUUCUGCAAACAAGAUAUUUGCAGACAAGGUUAUGGAAAUAAUUAAUCCUGAGGACGAUUCUGUUUGGGUUCAUGAUUAUCACUUAAUGGUUUUUCCAACAUUUUUGAGAAAGCGAUAUAAUCGAGUCAAGCUUGGUUUCUUUCUUCACAGCCCCUUUCCAUCAUCUGAGAUAUACCGAACUUUGCCUGUUCGGGAUGAAAUUUUGAGGGGACUGCUAAAUUGUGAUUUAAUUGGUUUCCAUACAUUUGAUUAUGCACGUCACUUCCUCUCAUGCUGCAGUCGAAUGUUGGGUCUGGAUUAUGAAUCGAAGCGAGGACACAUUGGGCUUGAUUACUUUGGCCGCACGGUUUAUAUUAAAAUUCUUCCUGUAGGUGUUCAUAUGGGUCGACUUGAAUCUGUGCUGAAUCUUCCCUCGACUUCUGCCAAAAUUGGAGAAAUUCAAGAACAGUUUAAGGGGAAAAAGGUGAUUCUUGGUAUUGAUGACAUGGAUAUAUUUAAAGGUAUUAGUCUUAAACUUCUAGCUGUGGAACAGCUAUUGCAGCAGCGUCCGGAGCUGCAGGGAAAGAUUGUUCUGGUUCAAAUAGUGAACCCUGCAAGGGGCUUGGGCAAAGAUGUCCAGGAAGCAAAGAGAGAAACCUAUUUAACUGCCAAAAGGAUUAAUGAGGUUUAUGGUUCACCGAAUUAUGAACCGGUGAUUCUAAUUGAUCGUCCUGUUCCGCGUUUUGAAAAGUCUGCCUAUUAUGCGGUAGCAGAAUGUUGUAUAGUUAGUGCUGUGAGGGAUGGCAUGAACUUGGUGCCUUACAAGUAUAUUGUAUGCAGACAGGGCACUCCAUAUAUGGAUGAAGCUAUGGGUAUAAAAUCUGAUUCUCCUCGAACUAGCAUGCUUGUUGUGUCUGAGUUCAUUGGCUGCUCGCCUUCUUUAAGUGGAGCAAUCAGGGUUAACCCUUGGGACAUUGAUGCUGUGGCUGAUGCCUUGGAAACAGCCAUCACCUUGCGUGAUACUGAGAAGCAGUUGCGACAUGAGAAACACUAUCGGUAUGUCAGUUCUCAUGAUGUAGCUUAUUGGGCUCGCAGCUUUAUGCAGGACUUAGACAGAGCAUGCCAGGAUCAUUACAGUAAACGAUGCUGGGGGAUUGGCUUGGGUCUGGGAUUUAGAGUUGUUUCUCUUUCUCCUGGAUUUAAGAAGUUGUCCAUUGACCACAUUGUCUCGGCAUAUAAAAGAACUAACAGAAGAGCAAUAUUUCUGGACUAUGAUGGUACUGUCGUUCCACAAACUUCUAUUAUUAAAACUCCUAGCCCUGAAGUCAUAUCUGUUCUGAAUGUUCUGUGCAAUGAUCCCAAGAACACUGUAUUUAUUGUUAGCGGGAGAGGGCGGAGUUCUCUGAGUGAGUGGUUUGCUCCGUGUGAGAUGCUGGGAAUAGCAGCCGAACAUGGGUACUUCUUGAGGUCAAAUCGAUCCUCUGAGUGGGAAACAAGUCCAGUUGGUGCUGAUCUUGAUUGGAAAAAUAUUGUGGAACCUGUGAUGAGAUUGUAUACAGAAGCAACUGAUGGCUCCAACAUAGAUAUUAAAGAAAGUGCUUUGGUAUGGCACCAUCAGGAUGCUGACCCUGACUUUGGAUCUUGCCAAGCAAAGGAGUUGUUGGAUCAUCUGGAAAGUGUACUUUCUAAUGAUCCUGCAGUUGUUAACAGGGGCCAGCAUAUUGUUGAAGUUAAGCCACAGGGAGUCAGCAAGGGGUUGGUUGCCGAAAAAGUUCUUUUGAGAAUGGUCAAUGUUGGGGCUCCACCAGAUUUUGUGAUGUGCAUUGGAGAUGAUAGAUCCGAUGAAGAUAUGUUCGAGAGCAUAUUAAGCACAGUUUCUGGUCCAUCCUUGCCUGCAGCUCCAGAAAUCUUCGCUUGCACCGUUGGUCGAAAACCAAGCAAGGCGAAGUAUUAUCUUGAGGAUACUGCUGAUGUUGUGAAAUUGCUUCAAGGGCUGGCUACUGCUUCAAGUCCGAAGCCUAGGCAUAUUGCCCAUAUCCAGGUUUCUUUUGAGAGUGUUGUUUGAGUUGGAACCAAGUGCCCGGCACAGAUGUGGGAGCUCCAUAUACACCAAACCAGUGUUUUGCUCUGAUGGAUCUCUUCCAAGAAUCAGGGGAAAAGUUUUGGUUAUCCCUUCCAAACUUAAUCUGACACAAUAGUGGGACAUUGCAGGUUGCAGUUCUGACAUUCGUGUGCUCCCCUGAACCUUAUUUCAAUUUGCUAGAAGUUGAUUUCGGUGGGAUUGUCAGAGGAUAAUGUAGAAUUUGAAAGUAAUCUGUUGUUGUCUAUAAUGGCUGUUUCCAUUUAAUAGGGCACCAUUACAAUGUAUAGGUACACUUUUUUUGACACAAUACAUAACGCCAGUUUGAUCUGAUA